AUAUAAAAUACAAAUUGCUUGUAAAUAAGUUACAAGCCAAGAAUUUUUUAAUGUUAAGAUUUUCUCAAAUUUAUUCAAUGAUUAACCUGCUCACCAACAAUUCAGAAGAGGGAAAAUUAACUAAAUAAAUGAUUCAACACUAACAAUUUGUCCAACUCUAGGAACUAUAUUCUGCCUAAGUUUUCCCUGCAGUUUAAAUUGACCUUUUUGGAUUUAUGAGACUCCAUCCGAAGAUUUUAAAGUAUUAUUAAUAUGUUGUUAGACUUCUAAGGCUUGAUUCUAAACUCACUCUGGUUUUACACCAGUCUAACUCCACUGACUUCAGUGAAGAUCUUCUUGAAUUACUCCAGUGUAAAUUAUAUUAGAAUCAGGCAUCUUGUAUUUUUUGUUGUUCAUUCCUAGGAUAUGAAAAUAUGUAGUUGAAUAGUUUAUUUCUAUUUUUAUCUGUAAAAAAGAGAUACAGGGUAAAUGUUUCAAAUGUGCCUAAGUAACUUAGGAGUCUAAGCCCCAUUUUCAAAUCAAAGACACUUUUGCCAGUAUAAGCUGCGUCCACAUUGGGAGUGCUUUGAGGGUAUACCAUACUAGUAUACCUUCAUCAGCAAAGCACUCACAGGCAAUAUCUACCCUACAGAGCCUAUGUAUGUCAGUAUAGCUAUGCCAACAUAGCCUCCUAGAGUAGAUGCAGCAUAUACUGACAGAAGGCCUUAGGUCUUGUCUUCACUUGCAAGCUAUAACGGAAAAUGCUUCUAGUGGAGACGUAGCUUAUAUAGCCAAAAGCGUGCUUUUGCCAAUACAGCUUAUACCAGUUUCCUGAAUAAUAUAAGCUAUACUGGCAAAUGGACAUUUUUACUGGUAUAACUGCAUCUGCAGUAGGGCUUUUGGUGGCAUAGCAAUGUCGGCCAGGGUAUGAUUUUUUACCACACUAAUAACAGACAUAGCUAUGCCAGCAAAACUUGUAAGCCAUAGGCUCCUAAAUCACUUAAACUCAUGAAAAUUUUACUCACAUAUUUUAAUCUGAUUUAGCCAAAUUCCACCCUUGAAUUUCUGUGUGUGGUUCUCACUGAAGUUUGGGGAGUCCCCUACGUUAACACAAGGACAAAAUCUUUAGAGCUCAAGAAAAUAUGAGACCUGAUUCUGCUCUGAUUGGCUUUUCAUCAUUGUUACUCCACUGACUUCAGAGUUACUCCUGAUUUACACCAGCAAAGUCAGAAUCAGGCUGUUUGUCACUGUGGACACAUCUUAAGUUUCACUCCCAGGGCAAGCGAACAGAGCCAAAUACUCUGUUUACAUGAGGAUUUGUUUGCUUUUUUAUUAGGAAUUCUGCUUAUAAGAAAGACACCCACCUAGAUACAAUGGGCGACGCAGAGAAAAAGCGCCUGAUUGAACUGAACAUGACAAGAGAAUCCUUGUGUAUGGUGGAAGGAAAAAGUGACUCAACCUGGCUCAGACCUCAGAGGAGACACUUCCCUCAAAGUAAUCGAAGUUCACUAGAGAGCUACAGAGAAAAAGAGCCUGAGCUCGACACUGGCAGGAGCUCCUGGACAGCACUCACUCCUCUUCACCACAAGGAGAGGAGGCACUUUCCAGAAAGAAGAUUCCUUCUGAGCCAUUGCCUUCGCUUACCCCUCACUAAGCCCCAGACACUGCUGUCAUGCAUGCCACCAGAUUGCUGA